CACACCAAUCAGUGGCAGUGAAGCGGAUACCGUCGACCUCAAGCACUUUCACUAUACGAUGGAAAAGAAACGGGCGGUGCAAACGCUGAUUCCAUCAUCCAGAAGCUCCAUCGUGGAAAAACCAUCGCAACUGAGCAUCGGCGCUCGGUUUCACCUCCAUCGGAAGCUGCAGCAGAAGUGUCCAAGAUACAGGGCUUCAGGGCAAUGGCUGGGAUUUUGGCGUGGUUUUGGAACGAGAGGUUCUGGCUGCCCCAUAACGUGACCUGGGCUGACUUAAAAAAUACGGAUGAGUCAACGUUCCCGCAAGCGGAGGACCUCUAUCUGGCAUGUCCUCUAGCCUUCUGCGUCUUCAUGGUCCGACUCGUGUUCGAGAGGUUCAUUGCGAGACCGUGUGCUUUGGCCCUAAAAAUACAAGCAAAUGGACCCCAGAAGGCUCAAGCCAAUGCCAUCUUGGAGAAAGUCUUCACUGCGAUUACUAAACAUCCAGACGAACUGAGGCUGGAGGGCCUGUCUAAACAGCUGGACUGGGACGUGAGGACCAUCCAGCGCUGGUUCCGGCAGAGACGCAACCAGGAGAAGCCAAGCACGUUGACCCGCUUCUGUGAGAGCAUGUGGAGAUUUACCUUCUACCUGUACAUAUUUACCUACGGGGUGCGGUACCUUAAAAAGACCCCCUGGUUAUGGAACACUAGAGAAUGCUGGUACAACUACCCCUAUCAGGUGCUGACGGUAGACCUGCAUUACUACUACAUCCUGGAGCUCUCCUUCUACCUCUCCCUGUUCUUCACCCAGUUCACGGACAUCAAAAGGAAGGACUUCCUGCUCAUGUUCAUGCACCAUGUUGCCACCAUCUCUCUGAUCAGCUUCUCCUAUGUGAACAACAUGGCCCGGGUGGGCACGCUCACCAUGUGUCUCCACGAUGCCGCAGACGUGCUGCUGGAGGCUGCUAAAAUGGCCAACUAUGCCAAGUGCCAGAGGCUUUGCAAUGUUCUGUUUGUGAUGUUCGCUCUGGUGUUCAUCAGCUCCAGGCUGGGCUUAUAUCCUGUCUGGGUCCUGAACAGUACUCUGUUCGAGAGCUGGGAGAUUGUGGGGCCGUACCCGUCUUGGUGGGUGUUCAACGCACUGCUGGGGCUGCUGCAGGCACUACACACCUUCUGGUCGUAUCUUAUCGUGAAGAUCGCCUGCAGAGCCAUCUCCAGAGGCAAGGUGGGAAAAUGGAAUCCUUUACAUGUGUCAAAGGACGACCGUAGUGACAUCGAAUCCAGUUCUGACGAGGAGGACGUCCCGCCCCCUGCUCAGAAACACCACACUAAUGGCACCAAUGGGGCACCUGGUACCAACGGCUACCUGUCCGUGCCCUCGUGCCAUGAUGACCACUAGGCGCCCCCAACCUGCUGCAGUCUAGUUCGUAUAGUACUCGUGUGUCAAAACAUGAACAACGUUGCCUGUCUGGUACUGGAAGUUCUUAAAUAGAAUAAUGUGAAUGCAGCUGAGUUUUAGUACAAUUCUUUUCCAUCCGUUUAGUUUUUCCUGUUUUCCCUUGCAGCGUUUCUAGGCAUUCAGUUGAAUAUCCAAGCACUUUUCCCUCUAGUUGCAACCUGGCCUUGAAUUCUUUUUUGUUUUUUGUUUGUUUCUUGGCGAAUGAAUGAGAGCAUCUCUCUUAUCAAGCUAGCAUGCUGGUGUGGUCAAAUAGUUUGGUAUUAUGGGAGCGGCAAUUUUCUUGAGAUAACGUCUUUGUAUUUAUUAAUUUUUUUAUAUCUAUAUCUAGGUUGUGGAUGAGUUUUUUCUAUAUCUUAAAGCAAUUUAUUGUCUGUGUUUUGAAAUGGCAUGACUAUUUAACAUUCACUCAUUGUUUCUGAAUUCACCAAUGUUUUUCUUUAAAUCAUUUACCUUAAUCUCAGAUUAAGUAACUGCUGUCUGGUAUGGUCACCAAUUAAAAUGUAUGACCUGCAUUACACAUACGACCCACACACACUAUAUUUGCACUAGAAUCUGUAAAUGGAAAAUCUACAACAGUAUUAUGGGCUCAUGAGUUUUGUUAGAAAUGCUGAUAUAUUGUCCUCCACCUCAAAUCAACUAUUGGCCUGUACUUCAGAUAACUUUCAUUUAUCUGGUGUUUCCAUUAUGUCAGAGAACUGCACAUCUGCACUUCGUACAAGGCAAGCUGUUGUCCUAAAAACAUCACCGAAUUUCAUAAAAUUGACUUUUAGAGAAUGGUAUUACCUGGUCUUUGAUUACAGUUACUUUACUUCAGGUUUUAUGAACUUCAUUUCCCAACCACAUAAAAUGUACGUAAUAGUCUUUGUCAGAGGGUGGCUUCCACAUUCUAAUUCUGGCAGAUGUUUGCACAGUGUUAAUAUCAAAUGAGUACUAUGAAUGAGAAUGUAUUCAUCUUUAGUCUGCUAUGCACCUUGUAGUCCUAACUAAAAAAGGUUUAGAUUGUGCAGUGUAUCAGACAGGUGUCAGCAAAGACCUUGUGGAUAUUCUCAAGGGUAUGAUGUAGUAGCAUGUGUUUUGCUCCACUUGUUUUCAAUGCUAAAACUUUCCAGUUUCCUCUUUGGUUUUGUUAGGGUUUGACAUCUUUUCCUUACCUACCUAAACAGAUGACUUACCAAAAUGCUGAAUGUCAAGUUGGGGUGAAGCUUUUGUUUUUCGAGUAUUUUUAAGGCUAUUAUUUCUGUGUUAUGAAGACCACCACUGCAGUCUGUUGGUACGCUGUGGAGAGGAAGAAGCCGUCUAUCUGCACGGCAGACAGUGCGCUGAGGCCGAGUUGUGUGAUUUACACUUGAUGUCAGAAAAAAAAACAACUUUAAAGUAUUUUCAAAGGCUUUGGUUCUCUGCCUUUGUUGGAACAUUAAAUUAUAAACAGGUCCAACAAAUAUUGUUGCCAUGUAUUUUGAAUAAACAGAACAGACAAAUGAA